UGACCUGCUCUGCCUCCACCCCUUUAUCAGUGUGGCGCCAAAUCUCAUCUGCCACCUCCACCAUUUCAGUAGCGUAGAAUAUGGAACCUGCCUGCCUCACGUCCUCCAUGGCUGAUAGCCUGUGGAAGCAAUGUUAUAGGGAUCAUGGAGAGACUGACCAAGACUUGAAGCUCAGUUGCUGGAACAGCCACUGAAGGAAGUGCCAUGAUGUUUCUGGCGCUUUUAAUAAUGUCCAUGACCACGAAUGGAUCGAUGCUUGGAUUGUAAAUAAUGGAUGAAUCUCUGGAGAAUCAAACUCAAACUCAAACUCUUGACCAAGAGAACGAGAUAGUUACUGAAGGUAGCGCGGCUGUUCAUGGUGAGCCUUCUCAAGACGGCAGUGUUCCACCUAAAGUUGAUAGUGAAGUGGAAGUCCUCGAUGAGAAAGUCAGUAAGCAGAUCAUAAAGGAAGGCCACGGUUCCAAACCAUCCAAGUACUCCUCAUGCUUCUUGCACUACAGGGCAUGGACCAAACACACGCAGCACAAAUUUGAGGAUACAUGGCAAGAGCAGCAACCUAUUGAGUUGGUUCUAGGAAAAGAGAAAAAAGAAAUGGCCGGUUUGGCCAUCGGUGUCUCUAGCAUGAAGUCUGGUGAACGUGCGCUCUUGCAUAUUGGCUGGGAACUGGGAUACGGGAAAGAUGGGAACUUUUCUUUUCCAAAUGUUCCUCCUAUGGCGGACUUGUUAUAUGAGGUUGAAGUUAUUGGAUUCGAUGAAACAAAGGAGGGAAAGGCGCGCAGUGAUAUGACUGUGGAGGAAAGGAUUGGCGCAGCAGACAGAAGGAAAAUGGAUGGGAAUAAUCUGUUUAAGGAGGAUAAACUGGAGGAGGCCAUGCAACAGUAUGAAAUGGCCAUUGCAUACAUGGGGGAUGAUUUUAUGUUUCAGCUGUAUGGGAAGUACCAGGAUAUGGCUUUGGCAGUUAAGAACCCAUGCCACCUUAACAUGGCAGCUUGCUUGAUCAAGCUUAAACGAUACGACGAAGCCAUUGGUCACUGCAACAUUGUGUUGACAGAAGAAGAGAAAACCCCAAAAGCGCUGUUCAGAAGAGGGAAGGCCAAGGCAGAGCUAGGACAGAUGGAUUCAGCUCGUGAAGAUUUUCGAAAAGCUCAAAAGUAUGCUCCUGACGACAAUGCGAUCAGAAGAGAGCUACGAGCGAUUGCAGAGCAAGAGAAAGCUGUGUACCAAAAGCAAAAGGAGAUGUACAAAGGAAUGUUUGUAGGGAGAGAAGAAAGUGGUGGCAAGGGAAAGAGCCGCAACUGGUUGAUAAUGCUGUGGCAAUGGAUGGUGUCCCUCUUCAGCCGGGUCUUCGGACGCCACAGAGUUAAAGCAGAUUAAUAAUGUAAUGAAAGCUUAAUCAAAUUCAACUAUAAAUGGUAAACUGUUCGUUCUUCGAUGUUGCAAUGAAUCUGAGAGACAUGUAGCUUCUUGAUCUUAUUUAUGAUGUGGUGGAUUUACAAAAA